GCGCAGGGCAGACUGCCAUCCUCGGCAACAAAACUUGGACGAGAGCGGUCGAACGCCUGGGCAGCAGCAUCGUACGCUCAUUUCGCCACGGUUACGGAAACGCGGGCAGCCCGACUGGCCAGUGAGCACUCCGUGGCUGGCAGCCCCAGCCUUCAGGACCACACCCACACCGCGCGCGCGACGCGACGAUGGAGUCCAAGGACGACGCGCGCGACCGCGGCGGCGACCUGCCGCUCAUGGCCGAGGUCGCCCGCUAUUUCAAGGACCAGGCCUUCAUGUGCGCGAAGGACGAGGGCCUCGAGGUCGUCUUCGACGACUUUGUGAACGAGCACGCAGCCGCAUUCGCCAAUGAUGCGGAAACAAGAGAAGAGGGCCACUCCUUCGAGUUCACGGAGCUCCACGGUGAAUAUUUGAGACUCUUCGAGAAGGCCACCGAGCGCGUCCUGGAGGUCGCGGGCGGCACGCGCGAGCAGUUCGCGGCCGAGUGCCGCGCGGCGCUGCGGGGCGGCGCGCGCCCCGACGGCGAGCGCUGGUUCCUGGACGCGUGCCUCGCGGCGCUCGACUACGAGGCCUUCUACGAGACCAUGGCGCGGUGCGGCCGGAAGCGACGGAAAUCGCCGGCAGAGACUAAGUAG